CUUUCUUUCUCCUUUUUUUUUUUUUAUUUUUUUUUUCGGUUUAAUUUGGCCAACGCGUCAAAGGUCCUCUCUCUCUCACCCCCCGCGAAGGCUACUACCAAACCCUAACCGCCGCCCAACCCUAAAUUCCUCCUCCUCUUCCCAAUCUCUCUCUCUCUCUGCGCCAUGGCGCAUCACAUGUCCCCUUCCGAUCACGACCCCAACUCUGACUCGUCCAAGGCCCGCCUCUACAACCCCUACCAGGACCUCCAGGUCCCCAUGCGAAACCUCUACCAGCUACCUACCUCUCCGGAGUUCCUCUUCGUCGAAGAGGCUAAACGUCAGCGUCGCUCCUGGGGCGAGAAUCUCACCUUCUACACCGGCUGCUCCUACCUCGGCGGCGCUAUUGGAGGCGGCGGCGCCGGUCUGGUUUCCGGCGUUCGAUCGUUCGAAUCUGGAGACACUACCAAGCUCAGGAUCAAUAGGGUUCUCAACUCCUCUGGCCACACGGGUCGUGUUUGGGGAAACCGGCUGGGCGUGAUCGGGUUGAUCUAUGCUGGUAUGGAGAGUGGGAUUCAAGCGGUCAGAGAUACCGACGAUGUUUGGAAUAGCGUUGCGGCGGGACUGGGCACUGGAGCGAUUUACCGAGCUGCAAAGGGCGUGAGGUCGGCUGCGGUGGCCGGAGCCGUAGGAGGAGUCCUUGUUGGCGUUGCCGUCGCGGCAAGGCAGGCUGCCAAGCGAUACGUGCCGAUAUAAUCAUGGCAGGUUGCUUUUGAUGUGAGUGGUGGUAUUGUUGGCUUAUUUUUUUUUCCUUCAGUUUGGUUAGUUUUCGGCAAUUUUGAUAGUCCCAUUAGGAAUCGCAGACGAUGAUAAACAGAAAAUAUUUGGGCAAUGCAUGAUGAAGAUGGUGUUGCUGUGUUUGGUAAUUUUAAAUGGAAUUGAUUAUUGAAUAACAAGUAGGUGAGCACCGGAGUUUUCGUUAAGAAUUCUACCGUAAUUCGUCGACUUGUCCUCAUAACGAAUAAUUGGGAUGCAUUUAGACUCGUGGGUAUUCAUUGUAUAUCAGUAAUUCUUUAAAUUUGCGGUCUUUAA